AUGUCUGACAAACUCACUCGUGUCGCCAUCGUCAACAGCGACAAGUGCAAGCCCAAGAAGUGCCGACAGGAGUGCAAGAAGUCAUGUCCCGUCGUGCGCUCCGGCAAGCUCUGCAUUGAGGUGUCCCCCGCGUCCCGCAUUGCCUUCCUCUCCGAGUCGCUCUGCAUUGGUUGUGGUAUCUGCCCCAAGAAGUGCCCCUUCGGCGCCAUCACCAUUAUCAACCUGCCCACGAACCUCGAGACGCAGGUCACCCAUCGCUACUCGGCCAACUCUUUCAAGCUUCACCGCCUGCCUAUGCCCCGCCCUGGCAACGUUCUUGGUCUCGUCGGAACCAACGGUAUCGGCAAGAGUACCGCUCUCAAGAUCCUCAGCGGCAAGCUCAAGCCCAACCUGGGCAAGUAUGACAACCCUCCCGACUGGGAGGACGUCAUUAAGUACUUCCGUGGCUCUGAACUUCAGAACUACUUUACCAAGCUUCUCGAGGACGACCUCAAGGCCAUCGUCAAGCCGCAGUAUGUCGACCAGAUCCCCAAGGCCGUCCGUGGCCCUGUCAAGACUGUCCAGGGCUUGAUCGAUGCCCAGAGCAACAUGGGCAACCGCGACGAGGUGUGCGACGUCCUCGAGCUCAACCACAUCAUGGACCGUGAGAUCAACCUCCUGUCCGGUGGAGAGCUGCAGCGUUUCGCCAUCGGUACCGUGUGUGUUCGCCAGGCCGACGUGUACAUGUUUGACGAGCCGUCUUCCUACCUCGAUGUCAAGCAGAGGUUGAGCGCUGCGCGUAUCAUCCGCUCCCUGCUUCAUGACAACAACUACGUCAUCGUCGUCGAGCACGAUUUGUCCGUCCUGGAUUACCUUUCGGAUUUUAUCUGCGUCCUCUACGGAAAGCCCGCCGUCUACGGUGUCGUCACGCUACCCCAGUCUGUCCGUGAAGGUAUCAACAUUUUCCUCGACGGCCACAUCCCCACGGAGAACCUGCGUUUCCGCGAGGAGUCUCUCACCUUCCGUAUCGCAGAGGGCGCCGACGACUACGUCAUUGACAAGUCGCGCGCCUUCAAGUACCCCAAGAUGGAGAAGACGCUGGGCAACUUCAAGCUGAACAUCGAUGCCGGUGACUUUACCGACUCGGAGAUUAUUGUCAUGAUGGGCGAGAACGGAACCGGCAAGACCACCUUCUGCCGCCUGCUGGCCGGUGCCCUCAAGCCCGACAGCAAGUCUUCCGUGCCCGAGAUGCGCAUCAGCAUGAAGCCCCAGACCAUCACGCCCAAGUUUGAAGGCACCGUGCGCCAGCUCUUCUUCAAGAAGAUCAAGGCCGCCUUCCUGUCGCCCCAGUUCCAGACCGACGUCGUCAAGCCCCUCAAGCUCGACGACUUUAUCGACCAGGAGGUCAAGAACCUGUCCGGUGGUGAACUGCAGCGUGUCGCCAUCGUCCUGUCCCUCGGCAUGCCCGCCGACAUUUACCUCAUCGACGAGCCCUCGGCCUACCUCGACUCGGAGCAGCGUAUCAUUGCCUCGCGCGUCAUCAAGCGCUUCAUCAUGCACGCCAAGAAGACGGCCUUUAUCGUCGAGCACGAUUUCAUCAUGGCCACCUACCUCGCGGACCGCGUCAUCGUCUUUGACGGCCAGCCCGGCAUCGACGCCCACGCCAACACGCCCGAGUCGCUGCUCACCGGCUGCAACACCUUCCUGAAGAACCUCGACGUCACCUUCCGUCGCGACCCCACCAACUACCGCCCCCGCAUCAACAAGUCCAACUCGCAGCUCGACCAGGAGCAGAAGGCCGGCGGCAACUACUUCUUCCUGGACGACCCGGAAAAGAGCUCUUGA